CAUGGAGAUUGAGCCUGAGAUGCUGGCCAUGGAGACCAUUGUUCCUGUGUACUUCGCUGUGGAAGACGAGGCCCUGCUCUCCAUCUAUGAGCAGACGCAGGCUGCCUCUGCCUCCCAGGGCUCUGCCUCUGCUGCCGAAGUGCUGCUCCACACUGCCACUGCCAAUGGCUUCCAGAUGGUCACCAGCGGGGUCCAGAGCAAGGCCUUGAGUGACUGGCUCAUCACCAGUGUGGAGGGACGGCUGACGGGCCUGGGUGGAGAGGACCUUCCCACCAUCGUCAUUGUGGCUCACUACGAUGCCUUUGGAGUGGCUCCUGUACGUAUACGCUCGCCUCAGGAGGGGAGGUGGGUGCCUUUCCUCCCACACUGCUCAGCCCAGCUCAGACGCAGAAGCGGCUGUCUGUGGACAGCAGCUGUGGUCAGAGGAGCAGCGCCCACUCUGAGAGCCCUUUAGGCAUUACCUCAGCUU